AUGUCUGAAGAGCAAAUCACACAAGUUGGCCCAAGAAAUGAGGCCCGCAGCGCGUCGACAGCGUUGCAAAGAGUCAUCAGAUCGACUGAGGAAGCAGAGUUACCACAUCAGCUGACUACCCUGGAAAGAAUCAAGGCUAUUCAAAAUGAGAUUUCUAGGAUCCAAACCACCAAUAAAUGUCGAGAUAGCGAGGCUAGGCUCUAUAUGUCACUAGCAUCGCUACUAAAGGAACUUGGCAACGAACGCACCAAACGCACGAAAGGCAGCGACCGCAACGACCACACCGACCGCAACGACGGCGCCCCAGAGGUUGAAUUGGCGGGCAAAAUAGCUCAGCUGUGCAACAGCCGCGAAAACGCAGGAAGAUCUGAAAGUACAGGCAAGUUCGAGCAAGAGGCUUACGACAGGCUUCUGUGGUUCUCAACUUCGUGGAACGAGGUCGACACUCUGAGGGUCACAGGUAAAGCUGAAGAGGGCCGCCUUCUGGCCAUCGAGCUCUUCAAUGUCCAGAAGAAAUGGAAGUUUACCAGUUACCCGAGCGAGAUCUGGAGGAAGCAAGGGAACUGUGAGGUGGUUCUUAAACUCGAAGCGGAUUGGAAAGAGUCUUUUAGCAUAGCUGAUAGGCUUAUGGCAUUCGAACUGCUAGAUGCGUCUGCGGAGCAAAAGUCAAGAUAA